AUGGGUCGUGAGUGGGAACUUAGUUUCCGUCUGGGUAUGCGCCAUUGGAUUGCUGUUGCAUAUUCAGCUCUUGUUGCAGCUGCUGUUUUCUUGAUCUACCCAAUUGGUCAAGGAAGCUUUUCUUACGGUAUGCCUCUAGGAAUCUUUGGUACUUUCAACUUCAUGAUUGUAUUCCAAGCUGAGCACAACAUCCUUAUGCACCCAUUUCACAUGCUAGGUGUGGCUGGUGUAUUUGGCAGCUCCUGGCAAUUCCACCCAGAAGGCCAUCAAAAUGUCAGGACCGGCCCUGCCUACUUCACUAGUACCAAUAGGAGGCAUAGGGGAAGAAGCACUACUCCUAGGAAUCCACAUGAAAACUUUUUUAGAAAUAAUUCCUUUUACUUAUUACUUAUCAGGAUUGGGACUAACAAGAAUGGUUGGGACAACAAACAUCCAUCUCGUUCGUAUUUUGGAUACCCGUAUAACCAUUGA